AUGUGUAAGGCAACCAAAGAAAAAUAUGCAAAUAUUUCACGUGAUCAGAUAACGCUGUUCUUGCAGUAUUGUGAGGAAUGUCAGCUAAAGAAAAGUAGUGUGCGGGAAGUGUGUGGUGUCAAGCCAAUCGUCUCGAACAGCAUGAAUUCUCGAGCACAGGUUGACUUGAUUGAUAUGCAGUCAACCAGAUGGGAAGUACCGUUUCAUUUUCAAUUACCAGGAUCACUUGACCAAGAUGAUAUGCCUUCGAGCCUUCAGACUAAGACUGCCGAGGAGGUAGCUUUUCACCAGGUUGACAUUUUCUGUGAUAAAGGAGCCCCUCAUAUUCUUCAAUCUGUCAAUGGGAGGGAAUUUUCAAAUAAGGUAAUCAAGGAAGUUCUGGCUAUGUGGCCAGAAUGUAAGCUAGUUCAUGGGAAACCAAGAUAUUCUCAAUCACAGGCCGUGGAACGAGCUCAUCUUGGUAUUUCUGCUGUCAACAUACCCGAAGAAUAA